CCUGGCAAUGCCAAUUUUAAUGCUCAGCUGUUAUUGUUUGGGCGUAUUUCUCCGUUGUAUUCGUGUACAAUUUAAGUGAUUCUUACCUGUGGCACAAUCUAAAGUAAUCGAUAUAAAAUCUAUUGUGAUGAUGUCAAAUUAUAUCUACACCAACUCCGUCAAUUUGCAAAGCGACUACGAACUCUUAGCAAAAGUGUUCACUGCAAAAUAAUUGCAGAAGUUCACCUAUCAUGCUAUACAAUACCUGAUGCCAAUUUUUUAGCAAAUUCUGGCAUAGAAAAAUAUGAACAGCUUCAGUGACAUGGCCCAUGGCGAAAUAUCGGGUGCUGGUUGCACUGGCACUACACAACUCAUGGAAGAUCAUCACAACCGCAGUGCGCAGAGUGAUGUCGUUAAUAGAGGUCCAUAUAGUCGUUUUCAAUCAUCAAGAUUCGCGUGCUUACGCUGUUGUGGAAAUUUGCUUAAAUAUUUGAUCCGUCUGAGAAACACACCUGAAGAACUGGAACAACGAUGCAAAUCAAAAGAGAUUGAUAAAUUUUUAGAAAAAGAAAAGCAAACAUUUCGUCGCCAAGUCAAACUAUUACUGUUAGGAGCUGGAGAAUCCGGAAAAUCGACUUUCUUGAAACAAAUGAGAAUAAUACAUGGUGUCAACUUUGAACCGGAACUUUUAAAGGAGUACCAGCAUGUGAUAUAUCAGAAUGUUAUUAGAGGAAUGCAAGUAUUGAUUGACGCUAGAGAAAAACUUGAAAUUUCUUGGGGAAAUAACGAUAGAGACAAGGAUGCAAUGGAAACAAAAUGCAUGGAAUGUAUAUCUAUUGAGGCUGAACAAUUCGCUCAAUAUGCUACGACUAUAAAACGUCUAUGGCAAGAUCGUGGUAUUCGACGAGCUUACGAGCGCCGAAGAGAGUUUCAAAUAAGUGAUUCAGUAAACUAUUUCUUAGAUGAAAUUGAUAGACUGGCCAAAUACGACUAUGUGCCUACCCAAAAAGAUAUUCUGCACUGUCGCAAAGCUACAAAGGGAGUUUACGAGUUUUCUGUUAAAAUACAGAACAUACCUUUUGUGUUUGUAGAUGUGGGAGGACAACGAACACAAAGACAGAAAUGGACACGAUGUUUUGAUUCGUCAGUUACAUCUAUAAUAUUUUUAGUUUCGACGUCCGAGUUCGAUCAAGUUUUAGCAGAAGAUAGAAUGACAAAUCGCUUGGAAGAGUCCAGAAAUAUUUUUGAUACUAUUGUAAAUAAUAACACGUUUAAAGGUAUCUCGAUUAUUUUAUUUUUAAACAAAAUGGAUUUACUGGAGCUUAAAGUCAAAAACCCAGAGACUGAUAUACGUUGGUUCUACCCCCAAUUCCAUGGAAAUCCGCACUCUCUUUUAGAUGUUCAAAACUUUAUCCUGCAAAUGUUUAUGAGCGUACGAAAAGUUCAACAAAGUCGUACAUAUCAUCAUUUUACCACCGCCAUAGACACACGUAAUAUUAACGUUGUCUUUAAUUCCGUAAAAGAUACAAUCCUACAAAGAAACUUAAAUGCACUAAUGUUGCAGUAGUACAGAAGUAUUCACCCUAGUGUUAGGUAGGCGCUAUCUUUUUUGUGUCUGUUUAUGUUCUUUAAAAGUACGCGAUAACAGUGCCAAAAAGUCUUUAUACAUAUGAAUAUAUAACAAUAUUUUUUAUAUGAACUACAUACAUUGAUGACAUAGAAUCACAUAGAAGAAUGUGGGUUUAUAACAUGAACUCAAAGAGAAUUAGAAGCAAAUAAAAAAGAAAAUACACAAUUCCAAUACGUUUGGAGCACUGAUGAAUACAUAUGAAAUAUACAUAUUUGAUUGAUACAUACACACGUAAAGUGUGUAUUAAAUUUGUAAAAAAGUGUAGUAUACCAUUUCAAGAAGAAACUUUAUUAUAAGAAGCCACAAAUUAAUCAUUGUGAUGACCGAAUAUAUAUAUAU